AUGACGUCCUGGAAGGAUCGGAUCGCCGCGGUGCUCUUCUUCAGUGACCCUGAGGAGGCGCUAACAGCGGAGAAGAUGCGCAACGCCGAGGCGAUGGCCAAAGCAACGGAGGCACGCCUGCAGCACAACCUAGAUGAGAGGGAGGUCCAGGAGAAGAUGCUGCAGCUGGAAAACCGCAUCAAGUCGCAGCGGGAGCGCUACGCUCGACAGGCCGCCCCAAUGCUGAAGGAGUUCGACGACAUUGCCAUAUCACAGCACUACUACCAGGAGGUGGGGAACAGCGUUUCGGCGCAGGAGACGUUUGUGGAUCAAAUGGCGCAGCGGGAGACGCAGCAGUUCGGCUACAUAAGCAAGAAGCUCAUCUCCGUCAGCCUCAACUUUGAGGCUCUACGCCAACAGAUGCGGUCAGGGCAGCCGUUCGCACGAGAGCUGAAGGCCACGCUCGAUGAUGCGGAGAGUGAGGACCUGAAUGUCAUGUCAGAGCCCCUCCGUGCAUUUGCCGACCGCGGCGUCCCUAAGCCGACGCUUGUGCGCGCCGCCGCCUUUGAUCUUGCCCGCUCCAUCGAGGAGACCGGCAAGGCACCAAUGCAGCAGCCAGUGCUGGGGUGGCUGGACCUGCUAAAGUUUCGUACCGCCUUUAGCCCCUCGACGGUAGACCAGAACGAAGUUCGUGCUCGCCGCGCCGCCGCACAGUUUACGCGCUUCAUCGAGCAGAAGCAGUACGCGAGUGCGCUGGCGCUAGCGGAGGAGGUGGACACGUGGACGCGCAAUGAGCACGAUGCCUCCGUGGAAUAUUUCAAUAACUCCUACAGGAGCUUCCGGCAGGCGACCCUGCCCGUCAUCACGGCUGAAAUUUUUCUCGCCUACGCCGCCGCCUCCCUCAACGCGUCGCGGGCGGCGUGUGUGGAGCAUAUGCUGAAGGAGUAA